GGAUUUGGUGAUGAACCAGGCCUUGGCAGCAUGGCUGACGGUUUCUUCCGCGGCAGUGGAUGCCGUUGAGGGACUAGACAUCAACAUGGGCGAGCCUGGGCUAGAUGGUAUUGUGCUUGAUAUCCCAUCCGGCAUCGGCCCUGCCCAUAGCGGGAGCAGUGAUCCACACCGGGCGAGCAAGCCACCCCGAAAAGACGCCUCCAACACUCUAGGCUCGUACCUAUCCGCUGCCCUGGCUCAGAGCAACAACCCCCUCACACAGGGACAGGCCCGGACCGUCCCCGAAACCAUCCCCAGCAAUGCCACCGAGACCACCACCGCUCAAGAACUGCCGACCAUGCUUGCGCUGGACGCUGCCCCGCCAUCACCCGGCCAAUUCGGGGUGCUUUCGGGAGUGUCACCCGCGCCGGUCCCCAUUAGCCAAAAGAGCUCACCGCCGUGCUCGUGCCUUAGCGACCUCGUCCGCGUGGUGCAGCAGCUGGACGACGACGAGUUCCGCAUCACCACCCUUUCGCUGGACCAGGUGCUGCACCUGCAGAAAUGGCUGGUAUUCCAGUGCUGCAAGCCGCUCGACUGCCCCAAGUGUCUCGAUCUCCCCACCAUUCACACGGUGCGCCUCAUCGUCUGCGACCGGCUGACCGAAAUGUUCGAGUGUAUUCAUUCGCGCAUCAAGCGUGCGGGAGCCAUUUUGGCCAGCCAGCAGGGCAGCGACUCGGGAAGCCAUUCGAUUUCGUCGUCGUCGUUACUCUCCUCCUCCUCCUCUUCCUCCUCCUCCUCUUCCUCCUCCUCCUCAGAUUCUCUCCGUUCCGUGCCCCAGCCGCCACCUUGGUCCGCGGCCGUCGGUUCCGGGCCGCUGCCCGCCCAGCUCUUCUGCCGCUCGUCGGGGCGCGCCGCCAACACUGUUGCGUGCAACCCCCUGAUGUUCUCGGAAGACUUCCGGAGCCGGUACUCGGACGAGGAGCAGGUCCACAUGAUCCGCGCGCUCCUGAGGCUGCAGACCAGGGAUUUCCGGAAGCUGCUUCUGCGCCUCGAGCGCGCGUGUGAAGGCGCCCGCAACCAGGCGCGCCGUUCCAAGAUCGAGUCCAUGAUGGCGCGCCUCUCCAAGGCCGAGGCGGAUAUCGAGGACGCGCUGCGCGUCGUCUUACACGUCUGGUCGACCGGGUGAGACGGCAUUAUUACAUUUGUUAUAGUUAUUAGUUGUUCUGAAGCGGGAGCAACGGAUUCACAUGAUCUGAAAGUCCAUGUAAACACGUAUUACAAUGAUUAAUUAGACGUGGAAUAUUAGAAUGGCCCUAAGCGUUCUCUGUAGAGUACAUGUAUCCCAAUUUCACGCACUCUUAUCA